CGCGCAUGCGCAGUGUGGCCAGACUCCGCCGAUCCGCAGCUGUAGUAGAGUUACUCCUGGCUCCUGUCACGCAGAUCAGAGUAAAUCUGUCCAGAUCUGAGCUCAUAUAACCGCUUUCAGCAGGCGCGGAGCCAUGCGCAGCGGUGCGUGGAGCGCCCGGACUCUGUCCCCUGUCCUCCUGCCCCGCUGGUUCUGUGACGCCGGAGCCCGACCCGCUGGUCAGAGAUCGGGCCGGUUCUUUAGCUCGGAUCCCAACGCUGCUCUUCCUACGCACGCGCGUGUCAUCAUCUGUGGAGGCGGAGUCGUGGGAACAUCAGUGGCCUAUCACCUGUCCCGACUGGGCUGGAGGGAGAUCGUGCUCCUGGAGCAGGGCAGACUCGGAGCCGGUACGACGCGCUUCUGUGCAGGAAUAGUCAGCGUUGCCAAACCUCUUUCUAUAGAGAGUAAAAUGGCAGAUUAUUCGAACACACUCUAUGAGCGUUUGGAGAAAGAGACGGGCGUUAAAACGGGUUUCGUUCGGACCGGCUCUCUGUGUUUGGCUCAGAAUCAGGAUCGGUUCCUGUCGUUGAAGCGUCUGGCAUCCAGGCUGAAGGUUCUAGGCGUGAGCUGUGACGUCAUCAAGCCCAGAGAUGUGUCUCGGCUCCACCCACUGGUGAAUAUCCAUGAUCUGGUGGGAGCUCUUCAUCUGCCCGGCGACAGCGUGGUCUCCCCGCCGGAUGUUAAUCACGCGCUCGCGGUGGCGGCGGCGGCUCACGGCGUGCAGAUUUACGAACACACCAGUGUGAACCAGGUCCUGGUGAAGGACGGGCACGUGACGGCGGUGGAGACGGACCGCGGAUCCGUCGAGUGCGAGUACUUCGUGAACUGUGCCGGACAGUGGGCGUAUGAGCUGGGUCAGAGCAGCGAAGUCAAAGUGUCUGUUCCUCUACACGGCUGUGAACACUUCUACCUGCUCACUAAACCCCUGCCUGAGCCCACGCGAGCCGACAGCCCAGUGGUGAUCGACUUCGACGGCAGGAUCUACGCUCGCUCCUGGAACGGGGGAAUCCUGUCCGGAGGGUUUGAGAAGAACCCGAAGCCCAUCUUCACCGAGGGCCGGAACCAGCUGGAGAUCCAGAACAUGCAGGAGGACUGGGACCACUUCGAGCCCAUGUUGAGCGCUCUGCUGCGCCGGAUGCCUGGGCUCGAGGCCUGUGAGAUCCAACAGCUGGUCAACUGCCCAGAAUCCUUCACUCCGGACAUGCGCUGCCUGAUGGGAGAGACGCCGGGGAUCUAUGGAUACUUCGUGUUGGCGGGCAUGAACUCGUCCGGGCUCUCGUUCGCUGGCGGCGCGGGGAAAUAUCUGGCGGAGUGGAUGACGUACGGAUACCCCAGUGCUAACGUGUGGCCGCUGGACAUCAAGCGCUUCGGGAACCUGCAGAGCAGCCGCACGUUCCUGCGCCAUCGAGUGAUGGAGGUCAUGCCGCUCCUCUACGGACUGAAGGUUCCCCGCUGGGACUUCCAGACGGGCCGGCAGCUGCGCACGAGUCCGCUGUACGACCGGCUCGACACACAGGGCGCGCGCUGGAUGGAGAAGCACGGCUUCGAGAGAGCCAAGUACUUCGUUCCCGCCGGGAAGGAUUUACUGGCGCUGGAUCAGAGUAAGACCUUCUACAAGCCCGACUGGUUUGAUAUCGUGGGAGCGGAGGUGAAGUGCUGCAAGGAGGCGGUGUGUGUCAUCGACAUGUCCUCCUUCACCAAGUUUGAGCUCACGUCUGCGGGCGACCAGGCCCUAGUUCUGCUCCAGCGCCUGUGUGCGAAUGACCUGGACGUGCCGGUCGGACACAUCGUGCACACGGGGAUGCUGAACGAGAGAGGCGGCUACGAGAACGACUGCAGCGUGGUGCGCCUCAGCAAAAACAGUUUCUUCAUCAUUUCGCCCACGGAUCAGCAAGUUCACUGCUGGUCUUGGAUUAAGAAGCACAUGCCCAACGACCCGCAGCUCCACCUGGAGGACGUCAGCUGGAAGUACACCGCUCUGAAUCUGAUUGGCCCGCGAGCCAUGGACGUGUUGUCGGAGCUGUCGUACGUGUCCAUGACCCCGGAGCACUUCCCCUCGCUCUUCUGUAAGGAGAUGAGUGUGGGAUACGCCAACGGCAUCAGGGUCAUGAGCAUGACACACACCGGAGAGCCCGGCUUCAUGCUGUACAUUCCCAUAGAGUAUGCACUGCAUGUGUAUAACGAGGUGAUGUCAGUGGGGCAGAAGUACGGGAUCCGUAACGCGGGCUACUACGCUCUACGCAGUCUGCGCAUCGAGAAGUUCUUCGCCUUCUGGGGGCAGGACCUGGACUCCUUCACCACGCCGCUCGAGUGCGGCCGCGAGUUCAGGGUCAAGUUUGACAAGGACACCGGGUUCCUGGGCCGGGACGCUCUGCUCCAGCAGCGGGUGGAGGGCGUGAGGCGGCGGCUGGUGAUGCUGGUUCUGGAGGAGCACGACCGGGAUCUGGACGUGUGGCCCUGGUGGGGCGAGCCGGUGUACCGGAGCGGGGAGCUCGUGGGCGGCACCACCAGCAGCGCCUACAGCUACAGCCUGGAGCGGCACGUGUGUCUGGGGUUCCUGAGCGCCAGGAGCCCCGACGGCUCCCCGGCCCCCGUCACCCCCGACUUCAUCAACCGCGGAGACUACGAGGUGGACAUCGCAGGCCAGAAGUUCCCGGCUAAAGCCAAGCUCUACCCCUUCAGCUCGCUCUUCACACAGCAGAAGCGGCGCAGGGAGGAGAUGGAGCUCAGCAACUUCCAGAGCAAGUAGAGAUGAGGAGCGUGUGUGUGUGUGUGUGUGUGUGAGUCUGAGGAGCUCAGCAACUUCCAGAGCAAGUAGAGAUGAG